AUCCCCGAUUACUCCACAAUGCUGUUUUGGGCCGAACGCUAGCUGGACAGUUGGCGGUUGUCCGUAUACGUAGGGCUUGAUAGGGGAGGUAUAGCGGUGGAGAAGCAGGGGGACCCAAGUGCCGCUACGAAAUGGCCGGGCAGCAGUUCCAAUACGAUGACAGCGGCAACACAUUUUUCUAUUUCCUAACGUCGUUCGUUGGACUUAUCGUGAUCCCAGCGACAUAUUACCUGUGGCCCCGAGAUCAGAAUGCUGAGCAGCUGCGUCUGAAGAGCUUGAGGCGGGUCCAUGGCAGAUGCCUCUGGUACCGGCUCCGGCUGAUGAAGUCGCAGCAGAGCAUCGUGCCCACUCUAAAGAAAGCUGCCCUGCUGUUCGGCUGGGCAGUGUUCCUCCUCCUGGCCUACAAGGUGUCCAAACUGGACAGAGAAUACCAGGAGUAUAACCCCUAUGAAGUCCUCAACCUGGACCAGGGGGCGUCUCUGGCGGAGAUCAGGAAGCAGUACCGCGUCCUCUCGCUCAAGUUCCACCCUGACAAAGGAGGGGACGAGGCCGUGUUCAUGAGGAUCGCCAAAGCCUACGCUGCUCUGACCAAUGAGCAGUCAAGGCAGAACUGGGAAACGUACGGCAACCCAGAUGGGCCAGGAGCGACCAGCUUUGGCAUCGCGCUACCUGCGUGGAUAGUGGACCAAAAGAACUCCAUGCUGGUUCUGUUGGUCUACGGACUAGCCUUCAUGGUUAUUCUACCAGUCGUAGUGGGCACCUGGUGGUAUCGCUCCAUCCGCUACAGUGGAGACCAGAUCCUCAUCAACACCACCCAGCUCUUCAUGCACUUCAUGUACAAGACGCCCAACAUGAACAUGAAACGGUUGGCCAUGGUGUUGACGGCAGCGUUUGAGUUUGACCCUCGCAGCAAUAAGGAUGCCACGAUACGGCCCACGGACAACAUUGAAGUGCCGAUUCUGAUUCGAGAGCUGGGCAACAUCAACGUGAAGAAGAAGGAGCCUCCGUUCUGCUACCCCUACAGCCUGAAGGCCAGGGUGCUGGUGCUGGCCCACCUGGCACGCAUGGAGGUGUCCGAGAACAUCGAGGAGGACCAGAGGUUCGUGAUCCGUAAGAGCCCCGCUCUGCUGCAGGAGAUGGUCAACGUGGGCUGUCAACUCACCAUGAUGGCCAACAGCAGAGGAGGCUUCCACGCCCCCAGGCUGGUGUCCAUCGAGAACUGCAUGAAGCUCACCCAGAUGAUCGUCCAGGGCCUGCAGGAGGCCAAGUCUCCUCUGCUCCAGCUGCCCCACUUCGAGGAGGAGCACCUCCGCUACUGCAUCUCCAAAAAGUACAAGGUGCGGAGCCUCCAGGACCUGGUGAGCCUGAAGGACUCGGACCGGCGCAGCAUGCUGCGCUUCCUGGGGGAGGACAAGUACGACGAGGUCAUGGCCGUCCUCGGCAGCCUGCCCCACGUCACCAUGGACACCAAGCUGCAGGUCCUGGACGACGAAGACAGCAAUAACAUCACAGCAGGCUCCAUCGUCACGGUCACCGUUACCCUGACGAGAAAGAGGAUGUCGGACGUGUUUGAGAAGGAGCAGGAUGCGAUGGCGGCGUGUCUGGGAGAGGAGGCCAGCACAGAGGAGGCAGCGCAAGGCGACGCCAGUAAAAACAAAACCAAAGUGUGGCAGAACAAGAGCAAAGGGGCCAAGAAGACGGCCAAGUCCAAGAAGAAGAAACUGACCAAGAAGAAGGCCCUCCCCCCGUCCACCAGCAAGGCCAAGCAGGCCAAUGGGAAUGUAGCAGGAAACGAGGUCGUCGCCACGGCAAAGGAGGAGGAGGAGGAGGGGUCGGAUAAGGGCAGCGAAUCAGAUGAGGCCGAGGCCAACAAGGACUCGCCGAGCGAGAGGGACGACGAGAGCGACAAGCAGAGCGACACGGAGGUGGAUGAGAUCGCCGGGGACGACGAGGAGGAGUGGGAGGCGCUGCAGCAGUCCAUCCAGAGGAGAGAGCGCGCCCUGCUGGAGACCAAGUCCAAGAUCACCCACCCCGUCUACAGCCUGUACUUCCCUGAGGAGAAGCACGAGUGGUGGUGGCUCUACAUCGCUGACCGCCGCGACCAAACCCUCGUGUCCAUGCCCUACCACGUCUGCACGCUCAAAGACGUGGAAGAGGUGGAACUCAAGUUUCCUGCUCCCUCCAAAACUGGGAACUACCAGUAUUCAGUCAUCAUGCGCUCAGACUCCUACCUGGGCUUGGACCAGAUCAAGCCACUGAAGCUGGAGGUCCACGAGGCCAAGGCGGUGCUGGACAACCACCCCCAGUGGGACAUCCCCGAGACGGAGGAGGAGGACGAGGAGCAGGAGGACAGCGACGGCAUCGAGGAGAGCGAGGACGACGACGAGGACAACGACUAGACGCAGACGGACACACAGGCCCCGCCCCCCACCCCAGCACACAGAAGAGCCCAGGAGAGGGAACAGCAGUGCCCGACACCCCCCCCACCCCCCCAGGGGACCGUUCAAGAGGCGAUCCUCUGACGACAUGGACUGCGACCACCCCCGCCCCGCCCACCAUCGACCCCAGCCCCUGACGCCGUUUUAACCGCCCUCUUUUGUACAGAGACCUCUUAUAGAAUCACUCUGUCACCUUUUUGACUUAGAAGAACAAUCUAUGAGUAUAUACCCAGGCCUGCCUGUGUGUGUGUGAGUAUUUGAAUUCACGAAUGGAUGGUCUUUGUUUGGGGAGUGUGUGUGCGAAUGCACCUGCGUGCAUGUCUCGUGUGUGUAUGUGUGUGUGUGUUUUUCACACACUGGACAGAAGUUUUUUUUUUUUUUUUGGUUCGUUUUUUUUUUUUUCGUAGGGGGAAAAGGGGUUCGGCAACUUUCAUUCACACAAUAAACAAAAGCCUCUAAUUUGAAAUCAUGCCAUUAUUUCUAGUGAAUUGACCACACCAUUUUGUGUUCAGUAGCUUCUAUUGGAUACUGAAACUGCUGUGCAAGCUCUUCUUUUCAGAGCAUGUCCUUCCUAUGAAGAGAGGCAGUUCACCUCGUUUGGCACAGGGGGGCGCUGCUCAGUCUCAUCCGUAGCAGUAGGCUUCACCAACCUUCGCAUCUUUGUCCUGUUUUAAUGGAGUUCAGCUCCAAAGCCCACUGUUCAGUGCACGUUUCCGUCGACCAUAAAACGCUAUUCAUGCAAAGGACAAUGUCAUUCAACUGGAGCCAUGAUUAGGUAUUUGGUGGAUCUGUUACGACCAAUCAAGAAGUCUGAAAUAGAUAACGAGCAUCUCUGACCUGACACAAGGGGCGAGUACUGCAUCUCUUGUCUAAUGGGGCCGUCGUAUAGUUUCAAUAUGUAUUCACACCUUCCUGUUCUGUUUGUUUUCCAUCGUACCACAUUCCGGAGUACACCGUUCAACUGCAAGGCCUUAUCCUAUCCCAAUACCACAGCCAACAUGUCUUAUCAUAUCCCAAUACCACAGCCAACACGUUCACUUAGAAAGUCCUUGCGGUGUUACGCACCGAGUUUUUUUUCUGUUUUGUGUUUUUUAUCUGAUAAAUAUCUCCUUUUUGUUCUCCUUCCUCUCUCUGUCCGAGGACCAAGCUACGAGUGUAACUUUGCUUUCCUUUUUGGAUGGGUCGUUGACUUGACAUGCUCUCGUGGUCCUCCUGCUCACUAACGAUGUAGUCUACUCCGUAUAAGGACGGGUGUGUGUGCGUGUGUACGGGUAUGGGGUUGGCCGUAUUGAACAGGCCGCGAAGCUGUGCCGUGGUGGUCAGUGUGGGCAGCGUCUCCUCAGUUCUGGGGAGCAGAAGCAGACUUGAGGGCAAUCAGCACAGGCAUGGCCAUGUGCUUUUGGAGCCGGGGUUUCUAAGUAUUGUAAAAUAAUUGACACUGUUGGUUUUCCAUUUUAUGAAGACUAGAAAAUGAACUUACAAGUUACACACUUUGUUGUGGAUUUUGUACUGGAUUGUGGCUUUGAAGACCAACUAGGAUUUUGGGCAAUAGUGUCAUUCAUUUUAAAGGCUGAUUCUCCAUUCAUUGACAUGAUAGCCUAGUAAGGUGGUGAAACUGAAGUUAAAUUCCUAGUUUUUAGGAAGUGGUUUUCUGGGCUGUAUUUAUAAAGGGUGUCCAGUAUAGAUGAGGCCCAGCUGGGUUGGUACAUUACAGCCAGGGGUACCUAGAAGGCCAGGGGACAUGAAGCUUGUGGCUAUGAUAAGGCAACAAUGACACAGAAACUGGCUUCCAAUUAUUAGCAGAAAUGGGAUAGAAAUUAGCAACCAAUCUGUUUUUGUUGUAACAGAUUGGACUUGUCAAUUACAAAUACCAGAGCUUCCUCUUGCGUUGCUCAGUUGUACUUUCCUAACCCUUUUCUCUCGAGGUAAAUAUGAAUAACUUUACUCAAAGAUUUGUAGAUGGUUUUCUUACUUUUCUUUUGCAAACGGCCUAAUCCAUGACGGAGAGACUGAUUGCAUGCUCUCCACUACAGACAACAGGCACACUCUGUAAGCCUAAUGUUUGUAAACCAGGCGGGCCAAUUGGGGGGUAUAUUAAACCUACUCCUGAGAAUUUAUCUGUCUGCACUAGAAUGUAGCAUCAGCGUUAACGCUGUGUGGAAAAAUGCAGAAAGGUUAAACACGCGCCAUCUCCCGUUAUAAACCUGGACCGACAGCACGGUGGGGAAAACUAUACCCAAUUAAUCUAUCUGCCACUUUUGUUUACAACGGAACUGUCAUUGUAAAUGGAAACAAAAUAUAUUAUUUGUAUUUAAAUCAUUUCAAAUAAAACUUUUAAAAUGA